AUGACUACUACGGUUCCUUUAAUAUACUCAUUUCCAGAGUUUUUGGGAGUUGCUGAAGCGGUUGCUGACCAUGUUAUAUCGGCGCAAAAUAUGACGUUGUACAAUACGUUGGACCAUGCACAGAUCGAAUUAAUUAAACAAGAUAAGUUGACAAGACCGGCGUUGCUCAAUUCAUCAAGUGCGUUGUCAUUAAGCGGAAAUGGUAAUGGAAACGGAAAUGGCGCCAACGGUAAAGUUAAGAAGGAAAAGAAGAAGAGGGGGGAUAUUAGGUUCAAGAUUGCGAUCAGUGGAGGGUCGUUGAUUAAGAUAUUAAGGGAGGGUCUUUUGUCGAGACAAGACGAGAUCGAGUGGGAUAAAUGGGACGUUUACUUUGCAGAUGAGAGAUUGGUGCCGUUUGAAAGUAAUGAUUCGAAUUAUGGGCAAGCCAAGCGUGAGCUUUUUGACAAUAUCAGCGGCGAUUUGAAGCCGAAUAUUUACCACAUAGAUGAAGCAUUAAUUGAUGACCCCCAGGAAUGUGCCGACGUAUACGAAAAAUUAUUAAUUCGUAAUUUUGCAAAGAAAGAUUCAGUUAAGUUGCCAAUGUUUGAUUUAUUGCUUUUAGGUUGUGCCCCGGAUGGUCAUAUUGCCUCGUUAUUCCCAAAGUAUGGUGAGCAAUUAAGGGAAAAGCUCGCUUGGUGUUUACCGGUUUUAAACGCCCCUUCAGGUCCAGAAAAUAGAAUUACAUUAUCGAUACCGGUUAUUUGUCAUGCGCAUAGGGUUACUUUUGUUGUUGAAGGUUUAACCAAAGCACCAAUCAUGAGAACAAUCAUGGAAAGACCAGAAAAAGGUUUACCAAGCUCCAUAGUGAAUGAAGGUGCGGCUGGAAGAGUAACAUGGUUUGUAGAUGAUGAUGCUUUGAAUGACUGCUAUGAUAUUACAAAGAAGAAAUAUAAAUUUUUAUCAAUUAAUGAUCCAAAUACUUAA